AACUGCUGUUUCCUCCUUCUCACCUCCGACAUUCACUCAGCUGGGGCUUCUCUCACUCUGAGCCGCAGCACACCUGUCGCCUAUGGCGCGUGGUUCAUACAGCGGUGGGACCCGUAGAGGACGAGGCAAUUCGCGCUUCGGGUAUCGUGGUGCCAAUUCUUUUCGAGGCGGGCGAGGCAGGGGACGAGGGCGCGGUGGCGCGCCAGCAGAUGCACAGCCUCAAAGGGAGGAUGAUGGCACUCAGCUUGCAGAGCGGUUCGAACAAGUGACUCUCAAUGACGAGGUAGAUGAGAAGCUUGGGUUCCCGCGCGUUCAAGAGGGUCCGCGUAAGGAAGGAUGGCUGGUCAAUAUGCAUCCUACAUUAACGAAGGAUGCAGACUGGCCGUCAGGGAAGGCUGCUAUAGACUUCUACUUCCUUCAAGACGACGGCGGCAUGUUCAAAUGCACUUUUCAAUACGAGCCGUACUUCUAUAUAGCAUGCAAGAGCGGAAUGGAGACGAUCAUAGAGGAGUGGCUGAUGAAGAAGUACGAAGCACAUAUCUGUCGCAUUACAAGGGAGAGGAAAGAGGAUCUCAAACUUCCCAACCACCUCCUAGGACAUAGACGGCUUUAUCUCCAGCUGCAUUUCCGGAACGUGUCCGACUUGCUUGCUGUUCGACGAGACAUCAUGCCGCUGGCCCUUGCUAAUAGCGCCAAGCUGGACGCAGUAGAUGCUUAUGCCGAGGUUGUAAACUCUACUGCGGAUGCAGACAUCUCCAUAGGCAUGGAAGACGAAUGGGGCGUCGAUGUCGAUAUGGGUACAAGCACCGCUCAGGCAGCAGGGGCACGCGAUAAAGAUCCACGGGAGGGCAUCAUCGACAUCCGCGAGUUCGAUGUUCCUUAUUAUUUGCGAGUCGCCAUGGAUAACGACAUCCGUGUCGGACUGUGGUACGCCGUGACGUUCACAGCGGGGCAGCCAUCAUUCAAGCAACUUACUGAGCGUGUCAAACGUGCGGACCCCGUCGUUAUGGCAUACGAUAUUGAGACAACUAAGGCACCGCUCAAGUUCCCCGACCAGGCUAUCGAUCAGGUCAUGAUGAUCUCGUACAUGGUCGACGGCCAAGGGUUCCUCAUCACCAAUCGGGAUAUCGUGAGUGAAGACAUCGAGGAUUUCGAGUACACCCCCAAAGAAGGAUAUGAAGGCCCGUUCACCAUCUUCAACGAACCUGAUGAGGCGGCAACAAUACGCAGAUUCUUCUCGCAUGUGCAGGACGUAAAGCCUACUGUCAUGGCGACGUUCAACGGAGACUUCUUCGAUUUCCCCUUCCUCUGCGCGCGCGCUAAGGUCCAUGGUAUCGACAUGUUCCUCGAGAUAGGCUUUGCGAAAGAUUCUGAAGAUGAAUUCAAGAGUCGGACCUGCGUGCAUAUGGACUGUUUCCGCUGGGUCAAGCGGGACUCCUAUCUUCCUCAAGGUAGCCAGGGUCUUAAAGCCGUGACGACCGCAAAGUUAGGGUAUAAUCCGAUCGAAUUGGAUCCCGAGUUGAUGACGCCGUACGCAAUGGAGCAACCACAAACACUGGCGCAGUAUUCCGUCUCCGAUGCCGUUGCAACGUACUACCUGUACAUGAAAUACGUUCAUCCCUUCAUCUUUUCGCUAUGCAACAUUAUCCCGCUGAAUCCCGACGAGGUCUUAAGAAAAGGCAGCGGGACGCUCUGCGAGACUUUGCUGAUGGUGGAAGCAUACCGCGGUAAAAUUAUCAUGCCAAACAGGCACGAGGAUGAAUAUGGCAACAUGUACGAGGGUCACUUGUUGGCCUCGGAGACCUACGUUGGCGGCCACGUCGAAGCGCUUGAGGCAGGGGUCUUCCGCAGCGACAUCCCAACUCAUUUCAAGAUUGAGCCUGCGGCCGUUCAGAAGCUGAUUGAUGAACUCGAUGCUGCCCUCACUUUCUGUCUUGUGGAAGAGUCGAAGGCGUCGCUCGAGAGCGUCACUAAUUAUGACGAGGUCAAAGCUCAAAUACAAGUUGCCUUAGAGGAAAUGCGAGACAACCCCUUGCGGAUGGACGAGCCACUCAUUUACCAUUUGGAUGUCGCUGCCAUGUACCCGAACAUCAUGUUGUCGAACCGGCUGCAACCGGAUUCCGUGGUCGACGAGUCCGUGUGCGCGGUCUGUGACUAUAAUCGACCAGGUAAAGCAUGUGACCGCCGUAUGACCUGGGCAUGGAGAGGAGAGUUCUUCCCGGCAAGGCGAGACGAAUUCAAUAUGAUCAAGCAUGCUCUGAACCAAGAGACCUUCCCUCCAAAGCGUCCUGGUCAGCCUCAGCGUAAAUUCGUCGAUCUUUCCGACGCAGAACAGACGGCUCUACUGCACAAGCGACUUGGCGACUACUCGCGCAAAGUAUACAAGAAGAUCAAGGACACGAAGGUCGAGAAUCGCGAGGCCAUUAUAUGUCAGCGAGAGAAUCCCUUCUAUAUCGAUACCGUUCGUCGCUUCCGAGACCGUCGAUACGAGUAUAAGGGGCUUCACAAGACCUGGAAGAAAAACCUGGAUACAGUGCUCGCAGAGCACCGCUCAAUCGCUGAGGUCGACGAGGCCAAGAAGAUGAUCGUACUGUACGAUUCCUUGCAGCUGGCCCACAAGUGCAUCCUGAAUUCGUUCUACGGCUAUGUGAUGCGAAAGGGCGCUAGGUGGCAUUCGAUGGAGAUGGCUGGCAUCACCUGCUUGACGGGUGCGACCAUCAUCCAGAUGGCCCGCCAACUGGUGGAGCAAAUCGGCCGACCGCUGGAGCUCGAUACUGAUGGUAUCUGGUGUAUGCUCCCCGGUAUCUUCCCCGAAAACUUCAAGUUCAAACUCGCCAAUGGGAAAGCGAUCAGUAUGUCCUAUCCUUGCACCAUGCUGAAUCAUCUCGUCCACGCCCAAUUCACAAACCACCAAUAUCACGACCUCGAUCCCGAGACUGGCGAGUACAAAGUGCACAGCGAGAACUCCAUAUUCUUCGAACUGGACGGACCGUACAAAGCCAUGAUCUUGCCGUCAUCGAAGGAAGAGGACAAGUUGCUGAAGAAGCGUUAUGCGGUCUUCAACGAUGAUGGAUCCCUCGCUGAACUGAAGGGCUUCGAGGUCAAACGUCGCGGUGAACUGCAGCUGAUCAAGAUAUUCCAGUCGCAGAUUUUCGAGCGUUUCCUCCUUGGGAACACAACUGAAGAGUGCUACUCUGCCGUUGCUCAAGUGGCAGACCGUUGGCUUGAUGUCCUCUUCAGCAAAGCGGAGAAUCUCGGCGACGACGAGUUGGUGGAACUUAUCGCCGAAAAUAGAAGUAUGUCGAAGACUCUGGCCGAAUACGCUGGGCAGAAAUCUACUUCGAUCAGUACCGCAAAGCGAUUGUCAGAAUUCCUGGGUGCUCAGAUGGUCAAAGACAAGGGCCUUGCUUGCAAGUUCAUUAUUUCUGAACGUCCCAUGGGCGCUCCAGUUACCGAAAGGGCUGUACCGGUCGCAAUCUUCUCUGCUGAAGAAAACGUCAAGCGCACAUAUCUUCGCAAGUGGCUGAAGGACAACAGUUUGACGGCCUUCGACAUCCGAUCAAUUCUUGACUGGAAUUACUACAUCGAGCGGUUGGGCUCUGUUAUUCAAAAACUCAUUACUAUCCCAGCAGCUAUGCAAAAGGUGGCGAAUCCUGUGCCUCGUAUCCGGCACCCGGAUUGGUUGCACCGCCGAGUCGCCGCCUUGGAGGACAAGUUUCGUCAGCAUAAGGUUACGGACUUCUUCAAGCAGAGAACUGAUGUCGACGAGGAGCCGCAAGACAUAGAAGACACGGGCACGCGCAUACGACCUAACGACCGACCACGGCUAGCAGUUGUCAGUCGCAAGAACAUGCGUCGCGAAGUGACGCCGGAACCGGAGGAGACUGCAGUCAAUGCACCUCAUCCUUCUGUCAACUAUCCGGAGUGGCUCAGGCUUUCCCAGAAAGCGAGAUGGAGAAGUCGUCGAGCUGGUCAACAAGUCGUGCCGGAGAUGUUCAAAAGUGUUGCCACGAGGCAAAGACCGCAUAGCCGCUGGGAUAUUGUCCAGAUUCGUCCGACUAGAGUGGCGGGACGCUUCGUGCUGUGGCUGGCCGUUGGCGGGGAUCUGAUCUCUAUACCACUUCGUAUCCCACGCGAGUUCUAUCUUCACCUUCGGACCCCCGCUAAGCCGAACCAAUUUAGCAAGGAUAUGUACUCCUCCGAGAAGGUUACCCGAGGGUUGCCUCGAGAAAGGCCGUGCGUAAACUUGUACAAGAUUUCCGUCAGGGAGGACGUGUACAUCAGUGGACAAGAACAUUUUAUCGAUCUCACGAAUGAUCCUAAUGUCGAUGGUGUAUACGAACUGCAGCUGCCGUUGAUCACGCGAGCCCUCUUGAGGUUGGGGAAGACAUGCGUCAGUGCCAUCAAUGGCAUGUCUUUGAACAGAGCCGAAACAAUCGGAUUUGACCUAGACCAGCUCGGCCGCGUGGGUGUCGGGUCCAAGCGCAAAUAUUUGGAUGAGGGUAGGGCCGGGAAGUACAUCUUCCUAUAUCAUGCGUGUGCUAGCAAUGCCCCCGUACACGUCUUCGCCCUGUUUAUUCCCGGCAAUCCGGUCAAGCUGCAUAUAGUCGAUCCCGCGACUCGACGCCAACCGAUACCGCGCUUGGCAGAGGUCUACGCUGACAGCGUCGGCAAACGGCUGCAAACUAGCGGAAGCAACGUCUCAUAUGCCUAUCCACCUACGUGUGAGUUUUCUAGUAACUACCACGGCAACGACGUUGCUGCCCUGAAAGCAAUUUCCCGGGAGCUCGGGCUCGUUGAAACCCAGUCCUACAUGAUCGUUAUUUCGUCCAUGAAGGAGCAGACAUACUUCGACGCUUACGUUCCCAGAUUGUCCAAGUUCCCCGUCAUAUCGAUGUCGAAGGCAAAGGCGCCCCACACCUUGGAUGUAUUCCCCUGGCAUACCAGCGUGGCCCAGAAGAUGGUUAACCGCUAUCUGUCCAUGGGGACGUGGUUGGAUAGAACGAUCGCGUUAGCCGACUACUACAACAUGCCUUUGGGACAUAUCGACGGGGAUCAACCAUUGCUUCUUUCCGAUAUUGAGUUCGCUCGGCGACUUACUGAACACGACUUGGUUCUAUGGUGGUCACCUGGUGACAAGCCGGACCUGGGCGGAGCAGAGGACGACUGCAGACCUUCUGAAGAAUUGCCCAAGACGGAAUUUAUGUCUUCUGGGUGCUACUCGAACGUCUGUCUAGAGAUCACGGUUCGAAAUCUGGCUGUCAACGCGGUUUUGCAUUCCGUCAUCGUGAACGAACUGGAGGGUAGCGGAGGAGCGACCGCUUUCGACUCUUCCCAUACUCUCGACGAGUACGCCGGCGGUGAUUCGCAGCGAGAUCUGACCCUAGGGGACUCGAGCGUAUCGCCUCAGACGUUCUCGAUACUGAAGUCCAUGGUGAAGACGUGGUUGCUCGACAAGAUCCAAGGCAACUUCGAGAGUCCAGCGACGAUUGCGAUCGACCAUUUCUGGAGGUGGAUAAGUUCAAAUGCGUCGCAUAUGUACGACCCCAGCAUACAUCGCUUCGUACACGGUCUCAUGCGGAAGACAUUCAUUCAAAUGUUGGCCGAAUUCAAGCGUUUAGGCUCGCAUGUGGUCUACGCAGACCUCACUCGCGUUCUCCUGGUUACUUCCAAACCUCCUGGUACUGCUCAUGCCUAUGCGACGUAUAUCACUACCGCGGUGACGUCUCAUGAACUUUUCCAGCACGUCUAUUUGCACACAGAGCGAUUCUACGACUUCCUCCUGUUCAUGGACCAGGCCAACCUAAGCGGAGUGGUUUGUGAGGACCCAUUGGCUGUCAACCCUCCUGAAGAGCUGACCAUCGAAAUGCGGUGGAACAUCGAGACCUUCCUCCCACCUGCCAUCCAGCGCGAUUUCCGCACCGUCAUCCGGUUCUUCCUCGUCGAGCUCUUCCGGACACUUGAAAAGAGCAAGGGGGCCCUCCGUGCACCGCUGCGUGUACUGCAGAAUGGUGCGCCGGACGCCACGCAGCGGGAUGCCACCAAGAUGCGUGAGCUCGAAGCUAGCCGCGAGUUCAUCACUCGCCGUCUUACCCGCAAGAUGCUCAAGGCGGUCGGCAAUAUUCAGGAACGGCACCGCGAUGCCAUGAUGGACGAGGAAGCCCUCUCGUACUGGGAGUUUCCGCUGCUGCCCGGAUCCUACUUGACCCUGACGAACCCCAUCCUCGAGUUCGUCAAGUUCACCAGCGCGGUGUUCUCGCUCGCGAAGGACUACCAGAUCGAGGUCGGCCUGCUCAAGCGCAACCUGCUCGAGCUGAUCGGCGUGCGCGAGUUCGCGAGCGAGGCGGCGUUCCGCAACCCAUGCGAGCCGCUGCGCCUCACAAACGUGCCCUGCCGGCACUGCGACGGGCUCCGCGACUUCGACUUCUGCCGCGACCCGGAGCUGCUGCCGAACAACCGCGAGGUGAAUGCGCGCUGGCUGUGCGUGGCGUGCGGCGGCGAGUAUGACCGGACGAUGGUCGAGUUCGCGUUGUUGGGCAUGGUGUGGGACCUCGAGCGGCGCUGGGCGCAGCAGGAUCUGCGCUGUGGCAAGUGCAAGCAGCUGCAGUCGGACAACGUCUCGCGCCACUGUCCGUGUUCGGGUAGCUACCAGCUGAGCAUGAACAAGGCGGACGUGCGCCGGAAGCUGCGGACCAUCGUGAAUGUGUCUAUCGCGCACAACCUCACUCGUCUGAGGGAAUGUGCACAGACUAUGUUGUCUAGCUGGUGA